UCGAUAUGUCACCCAUAGACGCGAGCACGCAUGGACCCCACGGACUCUGAGUCCAAAGACUAAAAGGCAUGGCUUGGUUAACUUGCCAUGCAAAGUACAAAUAACACUAGUCAUAAUACGAAGGCAACAUGGAGGACAAAAAGAUCUUGUGCAUCGGAUUAGUAUGCCUGGACAUCAUAAAUGUUGUGGACAAAUACCCGGAAGAGGACACUGACAGCAGGUGUUUGUCCCAGAGGUGGCAGCGUGGUGGAAACGCUUCGAACUCCUGCACUGUCCUCUCACUUCUUGGGGCACCCUGUGCAUUCAUGGGCUCCCUCGCGCCAGGACCAGUGGCAGACUUCAUCGUGGGGGAUUUCGCGCGGCGAGGGGUGGACAUUUCGGCCGUGGCGUGGCAGAGGGAGGGGGAGACCCCGUGCGCCUGCUGCGUGGUCUGUCCCGCCAGCGGCUCUCGCACAGUCGUUCUCUCCGACACAAACCUGCCCGACGUUUCCGUAGAGGACUUCUCCAAGGUGGACCUGAGUCAGUAUAAGUGGAUCCACUGGGAGGGUCGGAAUGCGGAAGAGCAGGUGAAGAUGAUCCAGCAGGUGGAGCUGUACAACAGCAAGCAGCCGGAACAGAACAGGAUCACCAUCUCUGUGGAGAUCGAGAAGACCAGAGAGCCUCUAUACCAGCUGUUUCCUCAUGGUGACGUGGUGUUCGUCAGCAAGGACGUGGCCAGGCACUUUGGGUUCCACUCGGCUGCGGAUGCACUAAGAGGCCUUUACAGCAAGGUGAAGAAGGGGGCGGUGCUGAUUUGUGCGUGGGCAGAGAAGGGGGCAGAUGCCAUGGGUCCCGACGGGGUGGUCGUCCACUCGGACGCCUUUCCCCCCGAGUCACUGGUGGACACGCUCGGCGCGGGUGACACCUUCAAUGCGGCGGUCAUCCUUUCCCUGUCCAACGGAAAAAGCCUGCAGGAGGCGCUGACUUUCGGCUGCCAGGUCGCUGGGAGGAAGUGUGGUGUCCAUGGAUACGACGACAUCGUGCCUCUGAAUAAGUGAAGGCCACACGCUAAUGAGCAAAGUCAGUCACACUGGAAACAUUCCCUCUAACAACACACACUUGUAGCGUACAAAAGCCGGCUGAAAUGAAAUGACUCAAAUGAGACACUGGCCAUAGACAUCACAUUAGUGCCAAAUCGCAUGGACGAGGGCUUGGGUCAUUUCACAGGGAUACGUUUGCUCUGUGGAUGUGUAAGAAAAAGGAACGAUGGGGUUUCAUCUUCAUGGUAGUGAUACAGUGCUGCUAAACUGAAGUGAUUUGUAAAAUAAACUGACAGUCUGUAAUCCUGCACUCAAUGGUGUUUGUGUUGGGGUACUGAGAACAAGCAUAGUCCGGAGCUGCUGUAUCAGUGUUGCGUGGCAAAUUGAAGUCGUCAGAGCUUCAUACUACUCAGUUAAUUCUACUUCACUGCUGCCUCACCAUUUGACUGACAUGUUUUACCACCAAAAGAUUAGCCACUGACACAGGGUAAGAUUAGAUUAACUAACAGCGAUUAACAAUCAUACUCAUCAGUAGAAGAGAUGUCAGGUUGAAGGGGACACAUUCUAACCUAACACAAGGCUAAUUAUGAUAACCGAUUCCUUAUAUCUGCUCACCUGGCACGUUAUAGUUCUGGUUGAAAUCCAGGCCUGUGGUUUAACAGCUGCAGUAGCUCUUCAGUGAGGAUUCACCCAUGUGGUAGUCAUCGCUCUUUAUGGCAAGUAGAUAUAUUUGAUAGUUUGCUCAGCGGUUGACAGUUUCCGCGUUAUCGCCGCACUCAGGCUUUCAGCUGGUGUUUGGUUAAGGCCCAGCCAGGGCACCCACCCUUGCUCCUACACAGAUGUGCUCAUGCUGUUACUCACUGUUAUUGAAUGGAAUGUGUGCAAAGACAGAGAUAAACAGGAUAUCUGUCACUCUCCCUCCCUGCCCUGAGCCAGGCGCAGCUGGCUGGCCACCCCGACC